AUGGAGGCGUGGAUCACUCCCUUCACGAAACAAUGCAUAGUGACAGCCGGCGUGGCGAUCAACGUGGGCCAGUACGGGCUGGUGAUGGCCUACACCGCGAUACUCCUGCCGCAGCUUAGGACUGGACGCAUAAUUCCUAUAGACGAAAUCACCGGCUCGUGGAUAGCGGCCGUUCCAGGAUUUACACUUUUCCUGGGAAAUGUGACAGUACCCGUUAUUAUGGGCAAAUGCGGCAGGAAGGUGGCCAACACUCUGAGCGUAAUCUUCGUCAUCGUCGGUUGGCUCUGCAUCGUCUUAGCACAAAACGUUACUUACCUCAUCAUCGGUAGACUACUGCAAGGCUUAUCUAUGGGCAUGAGCACAUCACUCGGCCCUAUAUUGAUUGGAGAAUACAGCAGCCCCAAAGACCGAGGGCAGUUCCUCUCAACAAUAGGGCUUUCAACGUCCAUUAUGACUUUCCUGGCUCACGCUCUGGGCUCUUACACAACGUGGGAUACGACCGCGGUUGUCUGCUCUGUUAUAUCACUCCUAGACCUGGUAAUAGUCCUGUACUCCCCGGAGUCGCCGAGCUGGUUAGCUGAGCAAGGAAGAUAUGACAAAUGCACAAAAGCAUUUCACUGUUUAAGAGGAGAUACUGACGAGGAAGAUGAAUUAAGGAAAAUGAUUGAAAUGAAUGAAAUAGCUAGGUUGUCGAAGAUCGAGUCCAAUUCCACAAAUGCUACGUUCAAAAUAACACUGAAAAAGUGUUUCGAGUCAUUCAUAUCCACCGUACAGAAGAAAGAGUUCUAUAAACCUAUUUUGAUAAUGAUCCACAUGUAUAUGAUAGCGCACUGGGGUGGCAUUAAUCUCUUAUCGGCUUAUUCGUUCGAUGCGUUCCAUCACGUGAUAGGAGACAGCCAACACGACCUUGUGAUGGUGAUCACACUGGACAUUCAAAGGAUUAUUUCAAAUGUUGUCGGUCUGUUCUUGAUGCGAAAACUGAAGCGACGCACGAUGCUAUUCGCGGCGACGCUCCUUAACAUCGCGGCGCUGGUAGUGACCGCGGUCUACUCUUACCUGAAGGUGAACGGCCUGCUAGACUACGACGACGCCAUGUUUGGAGCCUUUCUACUUCACGUCCACACGUUCUCAGUAGUGGCAGGGUCAUUCCCGUUGCCGAUGGUGAUCUCGGGUGAAAUAUUCCCAAUGAGAUACAGAAGCCUGGCGAGUGGGCUCAGCGCGAUAGUCUACUCGUUAAAUUUCUUCGUGACCGUCAAGACAGUGCACGUUAUGUUGAGAACGGUGCAUCUUUACGGCACUUACUUUAUUUACGCAGGUGUGCUUGUGUACUGUUUAGUCAUGGCGUGGUUCUUCUUGCCGGAGACAAAGGACAGAACGUUACAAGAUAUAGAAGAGGAGUUCAAGGCAAAGAAGAAGAACACAGAUGAUCUCAGUACCGCACAGCCGCUCCGACCUCUGAAUGGGACUACGAAAUAG